AUGUCGACGUCGACGCAGGAGGCGGAGCAGGACUGGAUGGCCGGCGACGAGGCCGUGGCAUCGUCGCCGCGAGCGCGGUCGUCGUCGUCGCGGUACAAGGGCGUGGUGCCGCAGCCCAACGGGCGGUGGGGCGCGCAGAUCUACGAGCGCCACGCGCGCGUCUGGCUCGGCACGUUCGCGGACGAGGCGGCGGCCGCGCGCGCCUACGACGUGGCCGCGCUUCGCUUCCGCGGCCGUGGCGCCGCCGUCAACUCCCCCGGCCCCGCCGACGCUGCCGAGAUGGCGUUCCUCGCCGCGCGGCCCAAGGCCGAGGUCGUCGACAUGCUGCGGAAGCACACCUACGACGACGAGCUCCGGCAGGCGCUGCGCUCCGGCGGUGCCGGCGGCGGCGGCGGCGACCACGCCCUGGCCCUGGUCCCCCGGGUGCCGCUGUUCGAGAAGGCGGUCACGCCGAGCGACGUCGGCCGGCUCAAUCGGCUGGUGGUGCCCAAGCUGCACGCCGAGAAGCACUUCCCGCCGCUCGACGAGGGCGCCGACGCGGCGCCUCCCGUGCUGCUCGCCUUCGAGGACGUCGACGGCGGCGGGAAGGUGUGGCGGUUCCGGUACUCGUUCUGGAGCAGCAGCCAGAGCUACGUGCUCACCCGAGGCUGGAGCCGCUUCGUCAGGGAGAAGGGCAUCAUCGCCGGUGACACCGUCGCUUUCUCGCAGGCGGCCAGCGCCGACGGGGAGAUGGAUGUCAAGCGGCGGAUGUUCAUCGAGUGCAGGAAGCGGAAGAGGAAAGACGGCGGCGGCGACGAUUUCUGUCCGGGCGGCGGCGCGCGCGUCGUGAGGCUGUUCGGCGCCAACAUUGCCGCCUCCGCGAUUGGAGCUUCAUGCAUGUGUUGAACCACAUUGCAAACUGAGCUCACCAUGAUCGAUUAGUUGCU